UGUUGUUAUCAAUCUACAAAAAGCAGUUGCACUUAUGCUUAUUAUGUGAUGUUUGUUGACACAUGGAACAGCAUUGAGUGAUUCCAUAUACAUUGUAACCAUGUGAUUUGUGUAGUCUUAGACAGUACAUUUGCUGAUCUUUUAUGAGGAGGCUUGAUAUAAUAUAUAUAUGAAGGUUACCUACACAUCUCUAUAGGAUGGAGAGUCGUAAUAGGGACCGAUUUAAAUCCAUACCAGAUUUGGAGUGGCUACCUCCGUACUUCCUCACCCCGCAGUCUGCCCCAGGAGGAAUCCAUCUGAAAAAAGUGGUCUUCAUAGGAUAUACCGAUAUGUCUGCUGCAGGAAGCCGAGCCUUGUUUGGACUGAGUAUGAGUAAGGAGUAUGAGACGGUGAAGAUCCAUGGACUGGAGUCCUUAGAGAUGGUGUGUAGGAGGGCGGAGCCUGAGGAGGCCACAGAGAGGAAACUGGAAGCUGUACAAAUACUCCAUUGUAAAUAUGAAGAGUUUACAUUACUGAUCUUCAACUGUUUGAUACCUGCCUCAGUCUGCCAUCAUGUGGCUGACAAGAUUCUAAGUCUGUGUAAGAGCAGUAAAGUGGAAAAAUUGGUGAUUUUAUCAACUCAAAAAAUAUUACAACUGGAUGAGUUUGAUGAUGAAGUAAAGCCUAUCUAUGAAAAUGCAUACAACAGUGAUCCAGUGACAAAGCAUCUACCAUUUCCACCAGAUACCAAGAUAGUGGAUCCAUUUUUAUCAACGUUAAUUCAGAUGAUUCAGUUUGAGGAUCUUCCCUGCCACAUUUUCACAUCUCCUGCUCAUAAAGCAGUUCCUGGUCCAGCCAAUGAUUAUGAUGGAUCUUUUCAGGCUAUUACUCAAUUUCAUGCAGUAUUAAAGAAAUGGUCCAGACUGCAUUUUGAUGAAGAAUUCAGUCAAUCUCUGACCUACAGAGACCCUGGAUCUGAUUCAGAAAUGAUGUAUGUGUGAAGCAUGCCUUACCAUGUUUAAGACUUUUAAAGAGUGAAAAUUGUCACCAUUGUGAAUAGUUUGGUACUGACAUGUACAUAGAGACUGUAUUGAAUUUUAACAAUAUUUAUGCAUAUGAAAUGAAAUACACAGUUUUAAAAAAACAUUUA